AUGUCCGACGGCGAAGGUUCGGCGCAGACGGCCGCAGUGGAGACGGGCGGCCAGUCGGACAACAUGACGGUGGCCAUGGAUGGCCAGCAGCAACAGCAGCAGCAGAAUGUGUCCAUCACCAAAGACGACGGCGAACCGAACCCAAAAAAGGCCAAGCUAUCAGGCGGCGGAGGUGGUGAAGUUUUUGGCCGGGGCGGCGGCGGCGCGGACAAGCAGCACUCCUCUUCGGACAAGCUGGAGCAUAGGCUGGGAGGCAUAUUGUGCUGCGCCGUGUGCUUGGACUUGCCCAGGUCGUCCAUCUAUCAGUGUACAAAUGGACAUUUAAUGUGCGCUGGAUGCUUUGCUCAUUUGUUGGCUGAUGCACGUUUACGAGAUGAAAUGGCCACAUGUCCCAAUUGUCGUGUGGACAUUGCGAAAAACACAGCCACACGUAACUUGGCUGUUGAGAAAGCAGUCAGUGAACUGCCAUCAGAGUGUCAGUUUUGCGCCAAAGAAUUUCCACGUAACACAUUACAACAUCACGAACAACAGCUUUGUGCGGAACGACCAGUAAAAUGUGGAUACAGUAAGAUAGGCUGCCCUUGGCGUGGACCCAGUCAUGAAGCAUCUGAACAUGAAAAAGUGUGCCCUCACCCAUCAACUACGGGAAAAGAUGUCAUGUCUGCACUUGAUGCUAUGGACCAAAAGUUUCAGGAAGAGAAACUUUUAUAUGACACCAUAUUUGACUUGAUGAGUUUUGAAAAGAUAACAUUUAAUGAUUUGCAAUUAAAACCAUACCGAACAGAAGAGUUUGUACACAAGUUGUACUAUGAAACUGCCAGAUUUUCAGCUUUCAAUUUUCAGUGGGUUGUCAAAACCCGCAUCAAUAACAUGCAAAGAGACCCAGCGUUAAGUGUUGAUCGUCACAUGUCAUACCAGCUGAUUCUGAAAACCAAAAUCCCCACACCUAUGUCUGUCCAUUAUCUAGUAGUUAAAGGACCAUUUGGUGAUAUGAAGGUGAAUCCGAAAAUAUAUAAGUUUGAAUUCAACGAGAAUGAAACAGAAACACAAUUUGUAACAUUGCCAUUACCAGACUCAGCUGAAUGUAAUCGGCUGUUAGCUGCCAAAACGAUUAACUUGAGGUUGAUCAUGUUUUUGGUGUCGAAAUAA